UGUGGGUACAGGCUUAGCAGACGACUUUUCUGUUUGCUGUACCCUUCUCGUGUUGGGGACUAGAGUGAACAACGUACCCAAACACAGCUGGGCUCUAGCAACAGAAAUGAGUUCAUAAUAGAUUUGUCUGAAAGUUAAAUGUGCCCGGGAUUUACAGUUUGAAUCGCUUUUAUCUGCCAUUUACGGCUGACACUGAUAAAAUUUUGUAGAAUGUGAAUGUUUGAGUCGCUGUAUACGGAGGCUGUGGAGUUGCCAUCAGGAUUUUAUUAACACGCGUGAAAGUCCCGAGACAUGGAGAUAUGUUACUCCAGGAUCAAGAGCAGGAAAAGCGUGGUGAGAGUUUUGCUCAACUGAACAUCUCAUAGGUUGGAUACUAUUGGUUUCUGCCUGGAUUUGCCUCUGAAUAAGUUAUCAGUUUUCGCUGUUUUCGGCUACACGGAUUUGGACAAUGGCCUCGUUCACAGAUCAGCUCAGGGCUUUAUUGUGGAGAAAUUACUUGAUGAAAAAAAGAGGAUGGAGAACUACACUUCAGGAGGUUCUCUUUCCAAUCUUGUUGGUGAUUGUGCUAGUACUCUUGCACCUGGCAGUGGACAUCAACAGGCGGCCAGAGAUCAACAACUUCCCUUCAUUCCUCAUCAACGAUACAGCGUUUUCUUCAAUCCUCUUCACCAACAAACCGAUAUUAGCAGGUCCUAAUAUCUCCGUGGUGAACAAGAUCAUGAACAACGUGGUCGGCACCCUACGAGUUAUAAACCCGCAAAUUUAUCACGAAAUGCGGGAUGAUGUCACUUCUGCAGAAGUGGAAGCCGAGUAUCGGACAAAGCCGUUUUUUGCUGAUGUAGGUGUGCAGUUCACAGUGACUAACGAGAGUGGGACUUUAAAUGUGACUGGUUAUACGCUGAGGCUUCCCUACCAGACUGUGCAGAAUAUGCAGGGUGGCUGUUCGUUCAAGGAAGGGAUGGAAAUGUGUUACGUGACCAACGGAGUGGCCACCCAGUGUCCAGGUACUCAGUCUCUCACUAGCGGCCUUGUGCUCCUGCAGUAUGUCAUAGAGGCCGCCCUCAUAAAGCUGUUCCGUGACGAUCAGUUCCAGCCGCCAGAAGUGACGUUUCAGAUGAUGCCGGUGAAGGACUACAGCCCCGGCGUGUCACGUCUGCAGAUCCUGGUGGCCAUCUACAUGGUCAUCUCUGUGGCACCGCUGGCCCACUACCUGACCAUGACCAUCGUGGCCGAGAAAGAAUACAAAGUUAAACUGACAUUCAAGGUCAUGGGCCUGAGAGAAUCCGUCUUUUGGUUGUCCUGGUUUCUGACGUACAUGGCGAAAGUGAUUGUGAUUGGAGUCGUUUCCACUAUUAUCAUGGCGCUGGGCAGCUUCUUCGGCAGCUCAGGGUUGGGCUAUUUCUUUCUCUUCAUGCUGCUAUAUGGCGCCAGCCUCAUCAACUUCGGCUUCUUCAUGUCCACAUUCUUCACACAGUCCAAGGUGGCAGGGGCUGUGACUAGUUUCCUCACCGUGCUGUUCAGUAUGCUGUACCUUCCUAUCGUAUUUAGUCGCAAGAACACCAUCAUGUCACGUGGUCAUUACUCCGCUGUCUCGGCCAUUCCUCUGUCCGGUCAGGUCAUCCUCAGUCUCUUUUCACCUGUAGCAUUUGCUCUCGGCCUUGACCAGGCCGUGUUUCUAGACGAAGAAGGGUUGAUGGACUUACCGGACACUUUUACCACUGGCCAGUAUUCUUUAAUGGUGGCCAUUAUCAUGUUAAUCGCCGACAACAUCCUCUAUGCCGUCCUUGCUGCUUACCUCGACAACGUCCUCCCAGGCACACACCGCGUGGUGCGCAAGGCCUGGUUCUGCUUGAAGCCCUCGUACUGGUUGGGCACACGGCGAGAUGAGAACAAAGACAUCGACCUCAUUCCCACCGACACGCCCCACGGGCCCCACAUUGAGCCUGCGCCAGAUUCCCUUACUGACGCCAAGGUCAUCCGAAUUCGUGACUUGACUAAAAGAUUCAGUCAAGGAAAAAGGGAGCCAGUUGACGCUGUAAACGGUCUCGAUCUUGAUAUCUACGAGGGACAAAUCACCUGCUUGCUUGGUCACAACGGGGCAGGCAAGACUACUCUCAUCAACAUGCUAACUGGUGUCAUGGCGCCGACUUCCGGUUCAGCCUUCGUCUAUGAUCUGAACGUAUCGAAGCCAGAUGACCAGGUUCACCUGAAGAAAACAAUAGGCUUUUGUCCACAGCGCAACGUCUUAUUUCCUGAGUUGACAGUCGAGGAACACCUGCGCGUGUGCGCUCUCAUCAAAGGAGUCCCAAGAUCUCAGCUGCAGGAAGAGGUGCAAACUUGUUUGCGGGACCUGGGCCUAACCAACAAGAGCAGCUGCUAUCCCCAACGCCUCAGCGGCGGCCAGAAACGCAAACUUUGUGUGGCUCUCGCCCUCAUCGGUAAUUCCAAGGUGCUACUGUUGGACGAGCCGUCAACAGGACUGGAUCCUCUUUCCCGCCGUCAUUUGUGGUCGUUGCUGCACUCCAAGAAGAAAGAUCGCGUCAUUCUGCUGACCACCCAUCACAUGGACGAAGCUGACAUUCUCGCUGACAGGAAGGCAGUGCUCAGCAAGGGCAGGCUGCGGUGCGUUGGCUCGUCCCAUUUCUUGAAGCAGAAGUUCGGCGUCGGUUAUCAUCUGAACCUGGUGCUGCGUCCUGCGGCUGACACAGAGGCCGUGAUGAAAGCCAUUAAAACGCACGUACGGAGCGCCAUCUUCUCGCGAUGUCACGGCAACGAAAUGUCCAUCACCCUGCCUCAGCACCAUGCUGGAGGCUUUGCAUCUGGAGUCCAAGAGAGAGGGGCUGAUUAUUUAGGUAUCAACAGCUAUGGUAUUUCCAUGACAACAUUGGAAGAGGUAUUUCUGAAGUUAGUCUUCGCCCCCAUCCGUCACCAUGACGACGAUCUGUCGGACACAUCCAGCCGUCGAGUGUCGGCCUUUCCUCGCCUGGGUUCACGCACGCGCUCUACCAGCGAGGAGGACGAUUUGAAUGUGCGAGGCAGUCGCCCGGGCAAUGGCUUGACAAAGAAAUUCUCAGACAUCUUCGGGAAGAAGUCGAGCGAAGUGCCACCGGGCGGGGUGGAGACCAGACCCAUGCGACCGACGUCACUGGCACUGAAUCCUCUUCGUGGAAAGGAGUCCUUCUCCAGCUACGACGAGUCACGUGUCCAGUCCUCACAAACGCGCAAAGACCCCUACAUGAAGAAGAAGAAGAGCCGUGCUUCCUCCAUGCUCAUGUCGGAGGCUCUCUCCCGCAUGCAGCUGAUCCCAGAAGGCAGCGGGUUAGAAUGGCGAAGGUUCAAAUCCCUAGUGAAGCUACGCCUGCGCUUGACGUUCCGAUACAAGUAUGCCCUCUAUCUGCGCAUCAUCAUCCCGGUCAUCAUUGCGCUGGUGGCUAUAGCACUGACUCUUGCCAGCGACUACUUCGCCGAAAACCAGCCAGCCACGGAGACCAACCUGUCUCUGAGUGCACCACCAAAUCCUCUUCUUUACAGGAACCUGUCAGGUAGCCACAUUGACAAUCUUCUAGACGCCUUGUUGCAGGCAACAUCCGGAAUUCAAAUUCUUGAUCCAACCGUUACACUGAACUCUACGCAGGACUUGGCAUCUGUUCUCGACAUACUUUCACAGAAUGGUACAUCAUACAAAAUGAACUACAACUACACUUGCGGGCUGGCCUUGCCGGAACUAAUGUCGGCCAUCUACAAGGCUGCUCGUCUGCAGCUCAGCCACACCAGCAACAGCAGCUUUGGUCUAGCUGAUUCACUGACGGUGCUGCUGCAGCACUGGCCCGACACCGUUCUCUACGCUACAGCUGUGGCGUCCAACUGGGUACCCAGCCUCUUCCUGGGCAUGGCGCUGACAAUCACACCGACUGGUUAUGCUGUGGAUGUGCUCAGAUGCAGAAAAAGACGGACUCGUCAUAUGCUUCGUCUGACAGGAGUUAGCUCUUUCCAGUACUGGAGUUCCACAUUCUUCGUCGAUUUUAUUGAAUUCUUUAUUCCCGCUAUCAUCCUCUUCAUAGCAUGUGCGGUGUCCAAGAUCGACAUGUUUGACGACUCGGGGUCGGUGUUGUCGUUCCUGGCGCUGGUGUUGCUGUACAUCCCCGUCGGCAUUUUGUGGGCCUACUUCACUUCUUUCGCCUUUAACAACCCCGAGACGUGCCUGGUGGCGUUGCCCAAUAUCGUCGUCCUGGCAGCCCUCGGGCCCUUCUUUGUCGUCCAUUUCCUGGACACCGGUGAUACAGCCCUAGCUGCCAAGGUUAUACACUAUAUCUUUACAGUCUGCUUUCCACCUUAUAUCUGCUUUGGCUGCCUCCACUAUAUCUCCAAGGUGGAAUCGCUGUACAGAGAAGUUAACUAUAACUCAACCCAGAUUCCCACCAGCAUGUACUUUGACUUCCAGCAAAACAUCGCUAUCUGCCUCAUAAUGCUUGGCGUGGACAUGGUUGUGUUACUGCUGGCAGUGGUAAUUCUGGACAGGUUCAGCACCGGGGCUUCCGCUCUUCCUUGCGAUAGCAGCAGCAAGGACCGUCUGCUGCAGUCGUCGCUGCAUGCCCUGGCUGCCAAUCAGCGCCGUGGCGACAGCAACGUGGUGGCGGAGAGACAAAUGAUACAGGCCAUGCGUAACAGCCCCGUGAGGAAGCUGGCCGAAGCUGAUCGUACGGGGCUGACCAAGGUGUUCCGUGAGCAAAAGACGCAGAUUUUGGCCGUGCGUGAUGCCUGGUUCACUCUGGACAGUGGCCAGGUGCUCGGCCUGCUGGGGCCCAGCGGCGCCGGCAAGACCACAGUUAUGAACAUGCUCAGUGGCGACUUACGGCCAACAGACGGCACGGUGGAACUAGAGUCCCGAAAGCUGAAGCCUGGCUGUCGGGGGACUUCCAGCAGAAUCGGCUACUGCCCCCAGCACAGCCCUAAUGUGGGGCUGUUUGACCCUUCAGGAGCACAUCGAGGUGUACGGGCAUUACGGGGGCUGACCGACGCGGAUAUCGCCACUUUUCAGGAAGGGUUCUUCUCCAGUCUUGAUAUCCUUGAGGACCGCACAAAGAAGGUUUCCGAAAUUUCCGACGGCGUGAAGAGAAAGUUGUGUUUCGCCAUUAGCAUGCUGGGCAAACAGUCCCUCGUGCUGCUGGACGAACCAUCCACGGGAAUGGAUCCCCGCGCCAAGCGUUCCUUCUGGGACACAGUAACUGCUGCUCUCAAGGCUGAUAAUCGCGGAGCCAUCUUGACGACACAGUCCAUGGCGGAGGCCGACGCCCUUUGCUCUCGCAUUACCAUUAUGGUCAACGGCGACAUGAAGUGUCUUGGGACGUCACAGCAACUCAAGAGCCAGUACGGACGAGGCUACACUCUGGAGGUGAAGCUGCGAACGUCUGAGCGCCAGACAGCCCAGCGGAUGGAGAUGCUGAGGUUGCUGCUGCACGAGAUCUUUCCUGACAUGAGUGUACUGGAGCAGUUCAACGAGAGGGCCAUCUUCAAAGUGCCCGACACCGCCUCCGACUUCUCCUUGGCGAGAACAUUCGAGACUCUCGAAUCACUAAAACGAAACCUGGAUCUGGAAGAGUACAGUUUUAGUCAAGCCACACUAGAGCAGGUUUUCCUGGAGUUUGCCCGUCUGCAGCGGGAAGGCGAGAGCAGAUGCACAGUACCUAAGGCCGACCUGGACGAACUGGAGCUGGUGGAAAACGGAGUUCAGUACACACCUGGAGUUCAACACCCACCUGCAAUGCCGGACACGAAGCCCGACAUUCUCGUCACCAACAGCAGCAGCCCAGAAAGAGCAGCGACGCGAAGGAGACUCAGGGCCGGCCACACGGCUCCGGCGACGAGGCCAGCGGCGCUUCAGACACCGCCAUUGGCGCCGACGCCGCCAUCGGAAUCACCAUCAGCGCCGACGACAACGGCAAGAGUGAGAGAAGGGGUAGAGAGGAGGAAGGGGACGAUUCGGCUGCUGGUGCCGCUGCUUCCGAAGACUUUAGCUGCGAUGGUGGUAUGGAUAAUCCGGCCUUCCUCGCAGACGAUGAGCCUACAGACUGAGGUCGUAGUAGACAUCUGAAUAUUAUAAUUUACCAAACGUGAACUUCUUCCUCCACUGUUUGUGCUUUCACACUCGAAAUUUUUUUUUCGAAAAUUGAGUAUCGUACGCCAAGGUAUACACCAUGUCGAGUUCUUACUUUCGUUCUUUAUAGUGGUAUGAUUCGACAGGCUAUGCUGUGGUAUACCAACUUUUGCUUACAACGUUUGAAGACUUCCCCGAGACGAUGACACGGGAACAAAUAGUAGAAAAGGAGAAGAAUGGAAAUACAAAUGUGGAAAUACUGAAAGAGAACUGAAAUAACGAAAAAAAUCUAGAAUCAACGCUUAGAAAGUGUGAAAACCUCCGAACGCUAAAGGCGAACGAAACUUCAUAUCUCUGCAUUUCCUGUGUCUGAAAGUAAAAAAGGAACGAACCUUUAGCCUCCUUGCACCAAGGCUGGUUCACUUAGCCACGCUAGAGAGAGGUCGUUCACCAUUGGUACAUGAGUUAUUUGGUGCAUUUGUUUCGUUAUUCGUCUUGUUUACACGGCAUUUAUAGAAUCAUCAUUUCCUGAUUAAGGCAGGCCCCUGUAGGUCCUGAUCCUUCUUUACAGCUGUCAUUAAGACUAAGUGACGACGCUUUGCACGUGUGCUAUGGAACAGAGGUAAAAGACUGCUGCUUCCAGAGCUGCAACCCCCAUGCAUGAACUCUGUGUUAGCAAAGUCCUUCGCCUGAGAACUGUUUCCAGUCUUUACGGUCCUUGAAGAAGAAAAAAAAGUACCCAAUGAAGUCUCGGAAACUUAGUGCACAUCGAAUGCCAGGAAUUGGCGAUGAAUUAGUUUCUUUACAAUAUUGUGCUGUAUGGCUCAUAACAAAGAACGACUAGACUCAAGUCUCGCUUGACCGGCAUACUGAGAGGUCUUCCGUUAUCCUGCUGGAAAGAAAUCUUGUUAAGGGGUCGAUUUGUCGUCACUGAAAAAAAAAUGCUACAAUUAUUAACUUACCUCCCCUAUGUUGCACUGGCGUCAUUUCAGAUGUUAGGGGUCAGAGAAAGAUAUAAUUCUUCGAUCAGCCCUUUCAUCUACCAUCCCAGUAACAGCACUACACCAAGACAUAUAUCUAUAUAUGUGGCCACUGUGAGCUAGACAUGACAGACACGAUCACAACAGUUCGCUGAACGUUCAGUUUUUAUGAUGUGAGCAUUGUGAGAAUGGACAGUGAGUAGUGCGCAGGCCAUCGGAGUGUAUUCUUUCUUAUAUUUUGCAAAACCAUUUAUUUUUAAUAUGUAGUUGAAAUUUAUAUAUACAUACUGAUAUUCUGGGAGUCUGGAACAUUUUGAGGUUAUCAAUAUGUUAAUAUAAAUGAAGUUAGCCAUCCUGAUGGCAAUGCCCUGUGUACAUAAAGACUGACUUGUGUCAUCCCUUUUGUCAUCGAUCGUAAAUAUAUGUAUUUAGAAUAUUUAUAUAUCGCGUGUAAAUAAUUUGCAAAUACUAUUCAACGAUGGGACUGAUGCUACACGCAGUGAAAAAUAUGUGCUCAUUUGCUCCAGAACUAGAAUAUGAAAAUAAACGUAUGGUGGAAUCUCGAGGAAGGGGUAGCGACAUGGGAAUAUUCACGUUUAAGAGAGAGUGCGCAGUAACUGCGACUGUAACUUUAUGACACAUCAUCAGUCAUAAAAUAGCAGUUCCACUGACCCAUGUUUCAAUGGCUCAUGUAACAAAAUGCAAAACAAGGCCAUAAAUAUUGGUGCAACAAUUUCUCGUAGUGGUCGUAAAAGAGGCAACUGUAGCGAAAUUCUCAAUAACCCACGGCAGGUUUGUCGCGUAUAAUAGGCAUAAUCACAUCACACAUCUUCACUGCAUCUCGCCUAUCGUAUUUUAUUGAAUCAGAGCAGUGUUAAUGCUUCUUUAGUUCUUAUUUGAAUACGCCGUCUGUUUUCCAUUCAUCUCGGAAAAUCUUUAGUGUCCCUAGGUUGUCUGUUAUGGGUUAGGGUCUCUCUUUAUGACAACAUACACAUGAAGCCAAAACAUAGCAUCAAUGCUAACUAUUCGCCUAGAUUCGUGUCCCUAGUCUUGCCGUCUGUAAAGUGACAGUGCUAGUGCGCGUUGUCAGCAGAACAGUGUGACUGCUAGUCUAGAUACAAAUUGUUAUUCUAGUACAUAUAGAUCACAAAGUUAAUGAUGCUUGUUUGUGUAUUUACUCGGUGCAGGUGAUUUGACAUUUUUCUGAAGGAAAUUUCAAUUAUCUACCGAAGAUGUGCAAGUAGCGCCGGUGAGUUUCGGGCACUGUACGUGAUGUGGUGCUUAUGUGAGCCAGCCUCGAACAUGAUGAUGGGCUCUUUUCAACGAUUUCUCUCGCUGACAGUUCCAUAAUGUACAGAUAGAUAGGAGGGUGUACUAGCCGAAAGCACGUGUGCGUGAUUGCAUCUUGCCUUUAUGUUUGCGUGCGUGUGUGCGUGCUAUGUUCCAGGGAAGCAAUGAUCCUGGGUGUUGUAUGACUCGCUUUAUAAAAGCUUCACACAUGAGUCUUUCACUGGACGCAGGCAUUUGUUUUCAAUGCCUGGUUGUAACGAUCUGACGGUUUAACCGGACAACGGAGAAAAAUAACUUUUUCUUACUAUUCAUACGUAGAGUCACUCGAUAUGACAACAGAAUGUGGAGAGGAGCACUUUAUAUUAGCCUACGUACCACUCGUCACUGAGCUUGGUCUCAUGGGCGUCAUAUCUACUACCCAUACGUAAAACCGCCCCUAAAUUUCAAAGAGUGGAGGAGCUCUGCGGGCACAAUUAGAAGGAAAAGUAGGUACAUGCGUUCAUGCAACCUGGUUGUAGUUCUAUGACCGCGUAUAUGCAGUCUCAAACUUUCGAGACAGAACUACGAAAGAGACGCUCUGGUUUUCGUAAAAUAAAACAUGUCACGGCC